AUGAAUGGCCGAUCACAAUCUUUCAUUCAUUUAAAACCAUCUACAAUUUUACCUAAUUCACAAUGGUCAAGAACAACAAAUAAAUGGAACAAUAACACUAUCAAGUACAAUAAUAAUGGCAAUAAUAUCAAUAUUCUCAAUCAAGCCUCACAUUCCACAAUUCCUUCCAAAAAUACACAGGAAAGCAGGGGAGUAGGUAACAAAAAGCAUACUAAUAUUCCUUUAAUGUUAAGAAUCCCAUUAUUAAAAUUCCCCAGUGUGAUUGGUCAUUCAACAAGUAGAAUCAACAGAUUACAUAAUGAAGAUACAUAUUCGAUAAAUAUAUUAAAACUACCUACAAGAUUAGAGCAAUUAAAACUAUUAAGGGACCCCAAAUAUGUGGACAGGAAUCAAGAUAAGAAAUCAGUGCUAAAUGUAUCCAUAUUUGAUGGUCAUGGAGGUAAUGGGAGAGUAUCUAAACUACUCGCUGAAUCAUUUCACGAAGAAUUAGUUCAAAAUAAUCCAACAAAGGAAAAUUUUUUCCACCUUUUAGAAAAAUAUGUAGAAUUAAUUGGGGGAUCAUAUUGGGAAAAAUUGAAUUCAACAAGGGAUUUAUUCUUUGAUAAAUUUAUUAAAAAUUGUAAUACAAAGGAGGAAUCAGUACUCUAUGGCUCUAAUAAAUUUGGUUCAAGAAUUAUAUUUGAUAAAUUCGGUAACAUCAUUGAUAAGACUCAUCUUUUAAACGUCCAUGAAAGGUUAAGAAUAUAUUAUACUUUUCUGAAAUUUGAUCUUGAAAAAUGUUGCGGAUUCGAGAAAUUGACUAAUGAUAAUGAUAUGUCCUUCGAAAAUAGAAUAAAGAAAUUUCCAGGUGGAUCUACUGCUUCAUCCAUAUUUUUAUCCUCAUACGAUGAAUCGUUAGCAUUGGAUGAAUCAUUUUUCGUAGAUCCCAAGGGUUUAUUGAAAUUAGUAGUCACUCAAGUGGGUGACACUAGAAUAAUCCUUUGUGAUCAAAAUGGGAUUGCUCAUCCAUUAACUAAAAUUCAUCACCCAUCUUCCGAAAGAGAAUCUGAAAGAUUAAAUAUCGAUGAAGGAAAGAGGAGACAAAAGAGGACAAACCUUGAAAGUGAUGAAAAUGCAUAUGAACAAGACAAAGAUGCCUUUGGAGAAUCUAGAUUCUUGAAUAACUUCGCUAAUACCAGAGCAUUUGGUGAUUUAUUGGGGAAAAGAGAAGGAUUAUCUUGUGAACCUGAUAUCUAUUCUUAUUUGGUUGGUAGUACAUCUCAACUCCCACAUUCUGAGAAAUCAAAAUUACAAUUCGGUGGAGAAGAAUGCUUUAUUUGCCUCGUAUCAGACGGAGUUUCCGAUUUGAUGCCAGAUCAAGAAUUAGUAGAUUUAAUUACAUCAACAGUGAAUAUGAGAGGCUUGAAAAAUGCUACAGCACAAUUCGUUUCAGAAGAAGUUAUUAAAUAUAUCCAGGCUAUUGGAGGAAAACAUGCUGAUAACGCCACUUGUGUUGUAUUAAGAUUACCGAAUUGGGGGAAUUGGCCCAUGAUUGAUCGUACUGGUGCACUUAGAGAGGAGAAAUUAUUAAAUGCACAGCAAGGUGAUCGUUAA